AUGGAUGACAGGGAGGGUGCAGUUAAUGGCAGAGCAACUCAACACUCUCAACAGUACGUAGCGGGGCUGCUGGACCGUACUUUUGGAAUCUGGCUGAUGCAACUGCCGCGGUAUGCUGAGCUGGUAAUGCUUACAAAUGGACGUGAAGAUUACUUGGUACCUAUGAGGCGAAUCGAUGACCCUGCAUUGGUGACCUUCACUCCUAGAAAUAAUGUCAGUUUGACCAUUAUCAACAGGCCUGGAUUGUAUGGGAGUGGUUGGGAGGAGUUGGUACAUCCCUUGGGGGGGACAUAUUACUAUCAUACUAACAAGGCGAGCACUGGCCGAUUGUACAAGCAAUGGCUUGAAGAUUUCAUCGACGUAUCAAGAGCCACAGCGAAAGAGGAUGAAUGGGUACUGGUUGUUCACCAAAUGACCUACAGGGGAGAAGAUGAUCUGAACGGCUACCUUCUUUUUCGAGAGUGUAUUCAGGCAAGCGAAUGGAGGCAUAAAAGGCUCGAACUUGAAGCUCAGUAUUGGAGACAUGUAGAAUUUUUUCCGCACAAGUUCCACAUGACAAGCUCACAAGUGAGACACGCAUGCAGAGAAAUUCUUUGUUACCUUGGAGAAGCGACAACUUUGAACCAGUCUACUGCAGCUACAAUUUUCUGGACUAUAGAUCAAAUAAGACAGGUUGACGCACAACUUGCCAGUGUUGAAAUAGAAGCCCUUGCAGAAAACGGAGUCAUUGAGGAUACUGGCAUUGUGCUUUGUUGUAGAAUCCUGUACAUGCUACGUAUAUUACCUACAAAGGAAGAUGAUGAUGCUGAUCGUCAUUACAAGUAUACCGACUUGCUUUUGCAUACUAAGGUCAAUCAACUUUGA